CCAGCCCUUCUUUACCCACGAGAAAGGUUUUGCUGCCAGUGUCAGCCUGUCCAGGGCUCCCUGCUGCAGUCACGGGGGACAGGAGUUGAUGAAAUGUGUGGGGAAGGGUGGAGCAUGGCCUUUGGUUGGAGCAGAGCAACCUGUCAGCAGCGGAAAGGGCCCAUGUGCUUUUGUUUUUCCUCUUCCUCUCGCCGCUGCAGCUGAUCAUCCCAGCCCUGGUAGCUGUCACCCAGGUGAUGCACAACUUCCUGGCCUUCGUCUUCCUGGUGAUCAUGGCAGGCUGCAGCAUGGCUGUGCUCUACCUUUUACCCUGGUCCAUGCUGCCGGAUACGGUGGAUGACUUCAUGCUGAGGAACCCCAGCUGCCUCAACCUGGAGGCUCUCUUCUACUCGUUUUAUGUCUUCUUCAACAAAUUUGCAGGUGGCCUUGCCGUGGGGAUAUCGACACUGAGUUUACAUUUUGCAGGUUACCAUGCUGGAGACUGCACGUACAACCCCUCCGUCAUCCUCACCCUGCAGCUUCUCAUGGCCCCAGUCCCAAUAGGCCUGCUGCUCAUUGCCAUAAUCAUCUUCUGUCUCCAUCCCAUCAAUGAGGAGAGGAGGAAGCAGAUGAGAAUGGAGAUGGAGGCACUGGGGCAUCAGGUACAGCACGACAGCCGAGAACAAACCCAGGGCUGAAGUGGGAUGUUCCUUGGCAUCACCUGACUAAACCUUUGGUCCAGUGUUGGGAUGCACUGCCCUCUGCCACCGUGCUACUUUCAGCCUUGCUGCCUGUGGAGUUAAGAAAAAGCAAGUGCCUUUGAGCAUCGAGGAAACACUGAUCACUGGGAGUUUCAGAUCCCGCAGAAAGCAUGAAUGAUAUCCAAAGGCACCCACCCCUUGGGAGAGAGGAGUGGGCUUGAUGUGGAGCUCCCAACCUGUGGCACGGGCUGUGAACAGGACCUGACCCACCACAGGGCAGGGAGGUGGUGCCUGCCAGCCCUGCUGCUAUGCCUGGGGUGCUGCUUCUGUAUCUCAAAUAAUGCCCCAUUUAUUUUUUACACUAUUAAACCUGAACAGUCA